AUGCUUGGGUUGGGUGCGGAUCGGUUACGAACCGAUAUGAAUCGUUUGCUAGCAUUACUCUUCCACCAGGGAGUGUUGGAUGAGCAAUUCUUGCAACUCCAGCAACUUCAAGAUGAGAGCACCCCAAACUUUGUAUCUGAAGUGGUGAACAUAUAUUUUCACGAGUCUGAAAAGCUCUUGAGGAAUCUCAGAUUAAUACUGGUGGAUAAAGAGUUCUCGGAUUACAAGAAAAUGGGAAUACAUUUGAAUCAGAUGAUGGGCAGUAGCUCUAGCAUAGGUGCAAAUAGAGUCAGAAAUGUUUGUGUUGCCUUUCGAGCCGCUUCUGAACAGCACAACCGUGCUGGGUGUUUGAGAGCAUUGGAGCUGCUGGAACACGAGUACUGCUAUUUAAAGAACAAAUUACACGAACUGUUUCAGGUAUAA